UCUCACACUCGGAGCUUUCACAGAGUGAGCAAACUGCGAAGAAGAUGCCGAUAGGGACGACGGCGAUCGGAGCCCUAUUAGGGCUGGGCACCCAGAUGUACUCCAACGCCCUCCGCAAGCUACCCUACAUGCGCCAUCCAUGGGAGCACGUGCUGGGCAUGGGAUUGGGCGCCGUGUUCGUAAACCAGCUUGUGAAAUGGGACGAGAAGCUCAAGGAGGACCUUGAUAAGAUGCUCGACAAGGCCAAGGCCGCCAACGAGCGCCGUUAUUUUGAUGAAGAUGAUGAAUAGCUUGCAGUUGGGGUUGUUGCAGCAUGUUCCAGUCCUGAGAUACCUUUGGACCCUCAAGUUGCAGGCACUUUUUUGCUUUCUCUGUAAUGUUGAUAUGUUUACAAGUUGAAAACUUCCCUGAUUGUUUUGAGAUGCAUAAGCUUUGUUAUUCUUGAGAUUGCAAAGAAUGAACGCACUGCCUUGUGCAUUAUUAAUAAACGGAUUGAUUCAUUA